UUAUUUUAUUCAGGCAGUUGUUGGGGCAGCUAUUAAAACAAACAUGGCCGCCGCCGAGGGGAAAUCGGUUUUGUUCGUAUGUCUGGGGAACAUCUGCAGAUCUCCGAUCGCCGAAGCCGUCUUCAGGAAGAUGGCCGUAGACAGCGGAGUGGUGGACAAGUGGAGGAUAGACAGCGCGGCCACCUCCACCUACGAGAUCGGGAACCCUCCUGACUAUCGAGGCGCAGCUUGCAUGAAGAAGCAUGGCGUGCCCAUGCGCCACGUGGCACGUCAGGUGACAAAGGAGGAUUUCAUGACAUUUGAGUACAUUCUCUGCAUGGACGAGAGCAACCUGAGCGAUCUGAAAAGGAAAGCGAACAGCGUAAAGAACUGCAAAGCCAAAAUCGAGCUGCUCGGUUCAUACGAUCCUGAAAAACACGAUGUCAUUGAAGACCCCUACUACGGAGGCGACAAGGACUUCGAGACGGUGUAUGAGCAGUGCGUACGGUGCUGCAGAGUCUUCCUGGAGAGGAACUCCUAACACACACACACACACACACGCACCCUCACACAUCUGCUGUGUGAGAGAGAUGUCUUAAUUGGUCUAUAAAGUUUUUUGGACUCUGUACUUUAUGUACUUAUUCAAAAAAUCUGCUCUUUGACCCUCUGACCUCAUCAUCUGAAAAAAAGUCAAAGAAAAACCCCCCAAUAAAGCAGACGAAAGGACGUAAAUAA